AUGGAGGGUAUUUUAAACAAACUUAAUCUUGGAAGUUGUAUUCCCAACUUUGCCGAAGAGAAGAUCACUCCAGACAUUGUGUGCAAACUGUCUGCAUAUGAUUUGGAGUUGCUUGGUCUUAGCAGUUGCGCUAAUAUGAUGAGACUAAGAGUCGAGUGCGUAAAGUUUGGUGGGGGACAGUUGCCGAAAAUAAAUAGUAGUUGUGGAGCGCCAAAGUUUCAUAUCCCAAGGAGUGUGCUGGAAAAUCUCCUAGACGAAGGAUUUUCCAUAAAUGAAAUAUCGACUCUUUUAAGAGUAGAUAUCUCUAAAAAUCAAACAAGUGGUGGCAAACUUUGA